AUGACGAGGCAGAUGAAGACGUCUACUCUCAUCAUUUUAUCCCGUGUUGCAUGGAAGAUAGAAUAUAAAGAAGCCUCUUCGGUUGAUGCUGGGAGCUUAAAAGACAAUGAGGAUGACUGUAGUUUACCGCAAAUCAGCCUAAGGACGAUAGAAAAUGCUACAGACAAUUUUUCAGAAGAAAACAAGCUUGGAGAAGGUGGAUAUGGCCCUGUUUAUAAGGGAAAGCUUACCAAUGGACAAGAAGUAGCUGUGAAGAGGCUGUCUGUAACCUCUAGGCAAGGCCUAAAGGAAUUCAAGAAUGAAGUUGGCUUGAUAUCCAAACUUCAACAUAGAAACCUGGUUAAGCUGAGCGGUUUCUGCUUGGAAAAAGGGGAGAAGCUGCUGAUAUAUGAAUAUAUGCCCAAUGGAAGCCUCGACGCCUUGCUGAAAGAUGCAGAAGAUCGCAUACAAUUGGAUUGGGAAAAGAGGUCCAAAAUCAUCAUUGGAAUUGCAAGGGGAAUCCUUUAUCUUCACCAAGAUUCUAGAUUGAACAUCAUUCACCGGGAUCUCAAGGCUGGCAACGUGCUGCUAGAUGAGCAACUGAAUCCUAAAAUUUCCGACUUUGGAUUGGCAAGGAUUUUCAGUGGAGUUCACGGGCAAGCAACUACCAGUGUUGUUGUUGGAACAUACGGAUACAUGGCUCCAGAAUAUGCCAUGGGUGGCGUGUUUGUUGCUCUAACUCCUGAAGUGGAGGAGCUCGUGAGAACGUGUGGAGCUCGUGGGAAAAGCAUGAGUGCGUGA